UGUAAACAAUUGUUUUGAUUAACUGACUUAGCAAUGCUUUACCAUCUGUUAUAACAUAGAUGUUAAGUGAAAAAAUAAAUCAAAGCCUCACAAUUAUUUAAAUAUUAAGAAAAAUGGACUGGACAAGAACAGAAAUCACUAAUUUGAUAAGUUUAUAUAGACAAUACGAGUGUCUAUGGAAUACUAGCCAUGAGGAUUACAAUAACUACGAAGUCAAGCAAAAUGCUUGGCAAGAUAUAGCGGCCUCCUGUGACAAAGAAGUGGACGAAGUUAAGAAAAAACUUAAAAAUUUGCGAUCGGCUUAUGUUUCGGAGAAAAAGAAAUCGGAAAAAUCAAAAGAUCAUGGUAUCGAUUACAAGCCAAAUCUUUUCUAUUAUCAUGAAUUAGAAUUUUUAGACACGGUUGUCAUAUUAAGGAAAUCAACAUUGUCACCUACAGCAACACAGUCAGUUCUUUCAAUGCGUAACAAAGGAGAUAAUGUGAAUAUUAAACAACGUAAACAUAAAAUUGUUAAGCUUGAUAGAAAAUCCCUGCGAGAUACAAAAUUUAAUAAUGCUAUUGAUGCGAUAUUGGCUUCAGUAAAGAAGCAGCAAACUCAGUCCACAACCAAUACCGGUGACAGUAUCGAGGAUGAUAAUCUUUUUAAUUCGUUUGGUAAAACAACAGCACUGCAAUUACAGCAACUGCCAGUGGAUAAAGCGACCGAGACAAUGGCUGCCAUUUAUCAACUGGUGGCGAAAAAAACACUAGAUUCGUUGAAAAAAUCGGUGGAAAAUAAAACGAAUACAAAACGAACGAAUGGAGUAAUAUCAUUUGAAACUAUGAGUCCUUAAAAUUAGUAAUGGUAUUUUCAUUAUAAAUAUAUUUUUAUAAAUUUAUCACAAUCUAAUAAAUUCGUUUUUGAUGGAAA